AUGGAAUCUGAAGAAAAUUAUGAUCCAUAUUCCUUAGAGGAUGAUGAUUAUAUUCAAAAUUCUUAUGUUACAAUACGUUUAAGUGAUCAAGAUAUUUAUACAGCUAAUUAUUCUAAUUUGCAUAUUCCAAAUCAUAGUGAAAUACUUAUAGAUGAAGAAAAUGUUAUUAGUAACAAUUCACCAGAUAACCAAGGAGUAUACAUUCCAAAUAACCAGCGAACGAGUUAUUUCGAAUGUUUUUUAGGCCAUUUUGCUUUAUAUACUACUUUACUUUUCUUAACCUUAAGGCAUCUUUUUCUAGAUUGCUAUCGUGGUUUGAAGAGAUUAAAAAGAGAAAGAUUCGAUAACAACAAUGAUAAUUCAGAUAAAAAGAGUCUUAUAGCCAGUGUAAUUAAUGAGGAAGAACAGUGA